AUGUACAUCCCUCCAUUCGAUACCACCUCCUACUCCACCACCACCCAAUCACCCAAUCCAUCCUGGACAUGUGGCCAGAGAGUCGACACCACUCCUGCUGGAAAAGACUGGCUUGGAGACGAAUCUGCAGGCUGGAAAGUCUGCAGCACAACAGAAAUGGACCAGACCAAUCUUAACAAGCUCUUGAAUUCAGGCGUUCUACCACGCCCCAUGUCACUCGUAUCUACGAUCAGCGAGGAUGGUGUAGGGAACCUGGCACCUUUCAGUUGGUUCAACACAGUCAUGAACUACCCGCCUGUCAUCUCAUUCGCGAUCAACCACAAUGCUACGGGCAGCCUGAAAGAUACGACCGCGAACCUGAAGAACGGCCAAGGAUUCGCCGUGAACAUCAUCAGCAAGGCAUUCAUCGAGAAUGCAAAUUCAACUGCUGUAGACGCUCCUCCCAAGUUCGACGAGUGGGCUCUCAGCGGUCUGACAAAGGAGAAAUGCAUACGUGUGCAAAUAAGAGCCUUGCGUGUUAAGGAAAGCAUGGAAUGCAAGCUUUACAAACCGAUAGAUAUCACGCAUCCAGUCACAGGUGAGCAUAACAGCACGCUCAUCCUUGCGCACGUCAAGUACUUCCACGUGCGCAAAGACAUGCUCACAAGCAGAGGUGCCGUCGACCUCACAAAAUUCAAGCCUGUCGCGCGUGUGGGCGAUAUUUCAUAUGCCCGGGUCGGAGAUACAUACAGGAUCCCUGUGCCUUCAUGGGCGAAGGAGGAGGGAAAGAUACAGGAAGCAUUGAAGACACUCGCAUCACCAUAA